AUGCUUUCGUUUCCAGCAGGUUUUUACUGCCUACAGGGUAGUGGCACUCCAAUCCCUUGUCCAAGGGGAACUUAUGGGCCUGCUGCAGACAGUGUAUCCCUGGACAGCUGUAUAAAGUGCCCUCCUCACCAUUACUGUCCCAGGCCAGGUCUAUCUGCAUCACUCCCGUGUGGACCUCUGGCUCAGCAGCCUCUGUCUGGCCAGGACACUUGUGUCUGCCCGGGACAGGGACAGAACUUCCAGAGGAGUGACGGGCAGUGCCAAUGUACACUUGACUAUCAACCGACCAACAGUGAAGAUGUGUGUAUACACAAAGUUUACAGCAUCUGCAGGGAUGGGAAAACACGCACUCAAAAUGGAGACUGUCUGGACCGACAUCAGUGGUCACUUCACUGCAGGACACAGGUGUGUCCAUCUGCAGAAGACUAUGAGGGCUACGAAGGAGAGCUGGGUCUGUGCGUGUGCACAGAGCCUCCUGGGAGAGCUGCGUGUGGGGGCCUAUGCGGGAAAAGGCCUGCAACUGAAUUGAAGCUCCGGUGCAGGUCCAGAGGAGAACUGGAACUGGUAUUGCGUUAUGACAGUCAGGUGUCGGGGGUCUCUGGCAUGGUGCUGGAGACGCUCUUUAAAAUGUGGGACUCCCACGGGAACCUGCAUUGCGGCAGCCAUCUUAUCCCCUCACGCCCUGUCUACAUUGUUCAGACAAGCGAAGUGGGCUUUCUCGGCCUCCUCGAUGGCGGCAUACCGGACGAACUUCAGCAACUGAUUUCGUCACUCACCGAGCUGCGGGAUGCUCCGAGCUCACAGGGUUUAACAGAACAAAACACUUUGCAAUUGAUAUUAUCAUGAAAACAGU